GGGGAGGUUUAUACUCGCGCUAGUGAGACCCUUCCUUCCAUUUUCGGACAUCCUUCCUUCUGCUCCUGUCGACAACCUUACCGGUGCACCUUCCCCACUGCUUCCCUGCUCUUGCCAUCUACCCGCUCUGGAAGGGACUCUCCCGUCCGGUCGUGCGGAUAGAGGAGUGAGAGGAUGCGAUGCCUGGGAUUCAUCUGCAACCAUGACUCAUCCAGGCUUCAAACGAGCCCAUGCAGACAGGAAGACCUUGCGGCGCAACCAUGUCCGCCACUCUAAGCCCCUCCCAGCUGGACACGUACCUCGAGUACAUUGCGCUCCCGGCGACGUAUCUAACCGCGGUGCCGUACGAGAAUCUGUCGCUGCACUACUCUAAGCACGCGCGGAACUCGCUCGACGUCCAGGCUCUGUUCCGCAGGGCCUCAGAGCCAAGGGCUCCCACUCGUCCCUGACCUUGUCACCCCAAACAUCGGCACCCGGGAGCUACGCCUCGUCUGCGAGGGCAUCCCGCACCAUCCAGCCAUGAAUUCUCUUGUAUUCCCUGGAGCCGACUCGGCGGAAGCGCGCAACCGGCCGAUGGAGGUGCUGGUACAUGCACGCGCACAUGGUUCGG